AUGGAAACAGACUGUAAUCCCAUGGAGUUAAGCGGCCCAUCAGGAUUUGAGGAAGGGUCAGAGCUUAAUGGUUUUGAAGGAACUGAUAAGGAAGACUUGAGUCUGGAAGCUGAAGCAGUUGUAAAUGAUGUUCUCUUCGCUGUUCACAUGUUUGUCUCAAAAGGCCUGCACUGUCCAGAUGACAUCAACAUGGGAACCAAGGAAAGGAGCAGAUAUUGUCUGGAGCUCACUGAAGCAAGGCUUAGGGUGGUAGGUUAUGAUUCUGACCAGGUGGAUAAUCACUUACAGAUUCCCCACCAUGAAACAAUCUACUCUUUUGGACAUACUCAGCCCUCACCUAAUGAGAGGCAUUUGGAAACACAUUCCUUCAAAGACUGGAAGCUUUGA